AUGACAUCGUUUGGUGCAACAGAAAUAGUUAAUAAUAUUGCUGCAAACGGUCAACAAUUUAAUUCAACGUUCAAAAUCAAAGGCCAAGUAUAUCACAAAGUGGGCUCAUUGCUGCCAAUGCCAAACGAAUCUCAUAAAUUUUUACAAAUCUACUUCAUGGGUGGCGAGAACUCCGAACGUGCACUCGCCAAUCGCGUGGAUGCACGUUGCGACUACCAUAAUCUCAAUUCAGCUUUUGCCAGGCGUAUCGUCAGCGAGCUGGACGCUCUGUUAAAUGAGCAAAAUGAAUUAUUAAAGUUAUUCAAAUCACACAUGCCCAAGCUACAAAGUGACAAUCACGCAAUUGUCAUCAACCCUGAUAGAACACCAGCUGGAGAGCAUAUACGUAGAUUCAACGCACCUGUUGUUGACGACGUUGCUGGAAUCAUGGUUGGCGACCGUACAUCUACGCGACAAAUUGUGAUUCGAAGAAGAAAUAAUGAUCUUCAGUUCAUCAGUGAUACCCAUCGUUCAUAUGACGCUCUCCAAUAUCCACUAAUUUUCUGGAAGGGACAAGACGGAUAUUGCGUAAAUAUUAAACAACGAGAUCCCGUAACAGGAGCUGAAACAAAUAAGAACGUUAGCUCAAAGGAUUUUUAUUCAUAUCAUUUGAUGAUUAGACGCGGUCGAGACAACAUCAUUUUACGAUGUCGUGAGCUUUGCCAACAAUUUAUAGUCGACAUGUACUAUGUGAAGAUAGAAAGUGAAAGACUACGAUAUUUGCGAUAUAAUCAACAGAAGCUGCGUACGGAAGAAUAUAUUCACUUAAGAGAUGCUGUUGCGAACAAUGCUGACACUGCCGAAAUCGGUAACUCUGUUAUCUUACCAUCAUCGUAUGUAGGUAGUCCACGUCACAUGCAAGAAUACAUUCAGGAUGCCAUGACUUUCGUGCGUGAAUAUGGACGACCGUGUCUUUUCAUCACUUUUACAUGUAAUCCAAAAUGGAAGGAAAUUACAUCGUUGCUAUUACCAGGACAAAAUGCAAUGCAUCGUCAUGAUAUUACAUGCGGAAAUCUGAAUCGUUCAUCACCUUGCAUGGUAGACGGAAAAUGUACAAAGCGUUUUCCUAAAGAUUUUACUAACGAUACGGUCACACAUGUUGACGGAUAUCCAAUAUAUCGUCGAAGAAGUACCGAAAAUGGCGGACAAACUUUCAUUAAAACUAUCAGCUACGCAGACAUCGACAUUGACAAUCGUUGGGUGGUACCAUAUUCACCUCUGCUGAGCAAAACAUUCAAUGCUCAUAUUAAUGUUGAGUCAUGCAGUUCGGUGAAGAGUAUCAAAUAUAUUUGCAAAUAUGUGAAUAAAGGGAGUGAUAUGGCUGUAUUUAGAAUUGAAAAUACUAAUAUACAUUCUCCUCCGUUGAAUCAAAAUGAUGAAAUUACGAAUUACCAAAUUGGCCGGUAUGUCAGUUCCAAUGAAGCUGUCUGGCGUAUUUUCGGUUUCCCAAUUCAUGAACGGGAUCCAGCAGUUAUCCAUUUAGCUGUCCACCUUGAAAACGGCCAGCGCGUAUAUUUCACGAACGAUACAGUGCUUGAUCGUGCUAUAAAUCCACCAAAAACUACGCUGACCGAAUUUUUUGAACUGUGCAAUCGUGCGGAUGCUUUUGGUGCCUUCGCACAAACACUUCUCUACUCUGAAGUUCCACGGUAUUUUACAUGGGCUCAAAAAAGGAAAUGGAUACCCCGCAAGCAAGGGACACCAGUUGAUGCGCACCCAGGUUUAUUUAAAUCAAAUACUUUGGGUCGUGUAUAUACAGUCAAUCCAAGGCAGACUGAGUGCUUUUACCUGCGACUAUUGUUGGUUAAUGUCACCGGGCCAUUGUCAUUUCAAGAUAUACGUAAGGUAGAUGGACAACAGUAUCCUACGUAUAAAGAUGCAUGCCUUGCUCUAGGCUUGCUAGAAGACGACAAUCAUUGGGACAGUACGCUUGCUGAAGCAACAUUAAACUGCACAGGAUCACAAAUUCGUCUACUAUUUGCUAUAGUACUGACUACAUGUUUCCCGGCCCGAGCACAAAUGUUGUGGGAUAAUCACAAAGAUUCAAUGACUGAUGAUAUAUUGUAUCGACAUCGUACAAGGUGCAAUGAUCUAACGAUAUCAUUCAGUGAUGAAAUGUACAAUGAAGCACUGAUUGCUAUCGAGGAUCUUUGCAUUGCUAUUGCGAAUUUGCCAAUCAGUCAUUUCGGUAUGAGCUCACCGAAUCGAAGUGCAUCUGAUGUACUCAACACAGAUAUCAAUCGUGAACUACAGUACGAUACUGUAGAAAUGGCAUUGUUAGUCGCAAUGUUCCACUACUAA